CCGGUUUUGGCGCCACAUGGCAGCUAUCGGGAAAAUACACGGGGGAGUGCAUUAAGCAGCACUAGGGUAGCAGCACUCAACUCUCAAUAACAAUACAAGAUGGCGUCCUCAUCAAAGUAUCGCCUUAAACAAACUGCUACAGAUAUAUGGUCUACGCGCGAACGACUGUGCCUGGCGUCAUCGGUGUUGAGGAGCGGAGACCAGAAUUGGGUGUCCGUAAGCAGAGCGAUACGGCCUUUUGGCGAGUGUAACCGGCCGAACGAUUGGUUUUCCCAAAAGAAUUGUGCUCUCCAAUAUGCCGACCUAUUGGAGAAAGUGGAGUCGCCCAAGCGCAAGCGAGGUGAACGCGGUGAGAUCGACACCCCAGGUGCUCUUAUCGUCCGAAAGCUUACUCUAGAGCGCAUUGAAGAGCUAAAGAAGAUUAUCCAAGAGGAACAGCAGCGGCAUAAGAGGUGUCGUCGGGACAUUGAACUUCUCAGAGCUGGACAGAUUGAUGACAGACUAGAGGAGCUGUUGAAACAGAUUCAGGACGAGCAACGGGCAAAGGAGAUUGCUGAACAGGAGCUACAAAAGUGGGCCAAGGAGCGCGAGCUGCAGCAAGCGGCCCUGAGGGCAGCCGCACGACCAUCCUCCAAAACCAAGAAAAUGUCAAGCCGUUAUUUGCAAGAGGUGCAGCGCAGCAGCUCACAAUCUGAGCAUAGCGAGCCAGACAGCAUGCUUGGAUCCCCACUGAGCGUUGAGGUGGAGGAUCCUCCAAGUCCACCAUCCCAGGGCACACCAGAGGUGGAGAGGCCAUGCACGCCCCAGCGGAAAGUGGUGUCCCCUCUACCACAUGCGACACCCUCUACCCCUCCAACACCACCUGCCAUCUCUACAUCACUAUUAACCUCAUUGCUCAAGUCACCCACCCCAUCCAGUCCAGUGUCAUCGGUGUCGGGCCUCUGCUCCUUGACACCAUCUCCUGUGCACCAACAUAAAGAGCAAAGCAGUCCCCGGUCACAUUUGACUCCAUCAUUUUUCAAUCCAUCGGCAGCGCGACAGCUGGCCACAGGCACACUGUCUCCAAGCACAACAUCAAGCACAGUGCCCCGAUUUUCACCCACAUGCACCACUGUAGACACAUCACGCCCCUCAUCUGUUCAGAUGUCUCCCCAUUCUGCAACUUCUUCUGCCCCAACAUUAUCUAAGCUGCUGGAACUACCCCCAAGCACUCCUGGCGGUUGCCUUCCUUCACUGCCAUUCCUGACUGCAUCACCAUCAGUUUCAUCACCUGUUGCAAGUCAAGAAACCACUUCCUCACCCCUGGAGAGCAGCAACAGUAUGGAUACCACAGCUGAUGAUGCCAGUGUGCCAUGUUUGGUGUCAUCACCUGUGAAGCUGUCUGUGGAAGAAGUGACAGCACCACUGGUCGCUGAGCCUUCUGAGACACCCUGUGAAAUUCCAGCUGUUGAGACGGUGGAAUCGGAACCAGAGCCAUUUCCUGCUCCUGAGGAGCCUAUGGAGGUAACUGAGGAUGUCCCUGAAGACACGUCACCCAGUGAGGUAGAAACUAAAGUUGAGCCUAAGGAAGAAGAUAUGGAGGAAGAUGAAGACCAGGCAAUUUCUCCAGCUGGGGAAGCCGAUUCUAUGGUGGAGACAGUUGCAUCAGAGGAAAUGGUCGUUGAAACUGUUAUUGAGGACUCCCUCUCAUCCGGCCCCAACGUGGAUGACGACAAAGAGAGUGUACAGUCAGACCCUGAGCAUGGCACUGGCGCUGACCAGGAGACAAAGCCUGAGAGUGAGGGUGGCAAGGAGGCCUCAGAGAUUCCGGCUGAACAUGUGUGCUCGGAGUCUGAGUCAAAGGACAAGGAUGACAAGGACGACAUAGAUGAGCAGCUUGUAGCUGAUGAGUCUGACUCUGUCAAGGACGCCUUGAAAUCCGAGACCAAUGAUGAUGAAUUGCCACCAGAAUCCCCUGAUGCGCCUUUGAAAAAGGAUGAGCAGACACAAGAAGGGGAUGUGCCAGAAGAUCAUCAGCCUACAGCUGAUGAAGACGAUGAUGAUGCAGAAGAAUCAAAAGAUGCCUGGGCCCCCGGAACAGUCAGCUCACCAUCACCAGCAGGGGAGACCAUGUCAAACUUAGAUGAGCCACAGAGUGAGGACAUGGAUGAUGAUAAGCUAAAAGAUGACAAGUCCUCCAUAGACGAUGCAAAAACCCCUGAGACCCCCAGUGGCACCGAGCCGGACACGAAGGACGAUGGCUCACAGCAUAUUGAGUCUGGAACUGAGGAUGGUACCGGCGAGUUGAGUAAACAUCUGCUUGGUGGCUCUGUCACUGAUUCUGUUCCCAACAGCCCAGCAUCUGUGCUGCAGGGUGAGGACUCCGAGGUUUUUCGAGACUACAAGGUGUGGAAAAAAUCUAUUAUGCUGGUCUGGAGAGCAGCAGCCAACCAUAAAUAUGCAAAUGUGUUUUUACACCCAGUCACAGAUGAAAUGGCCCCUGGUUACCAUAGCAUUGUCUACAGACCAAUGGAUUUGCUGACAAUCAAGAAAAACAUUGAAAGUGGCUACAUCAAGACCACCUUGGAAUUCCAGCGGGACAUGAUGCUGAUGUUUCAAAAUGCUAUCAUGUACAACAGUUCUGACCACGAUGUCUUUCAGAUGGCCAUUGAAAUGCAGAAGGAGGUCAUGGGACACAUACAGCUGACCAACAUGUUUCCCGACGUGUUGGUCAACAAGUUGGUCAACAUCUCUGUUGCCAACAGCAGCGAUGUUGUUUGGUGUGACAACUUUCGGCAACAAAAGGAUUUUCUGGCAACCCAGUUGAUGGUGAAGACAACAGAGACCAAAAGCCUGCGUGGCCGUGACGGACGGGAAAAGAAGGUGGAAUUUGGCAAGGAUGACAAGGGGGACGAAAGGAAGAAGAAAAUAAGCUUGCCUGCUGAAGAGCCAGUGGCAAAAAAACGGCGCAUGCGUGCUAACGAGUAGCAUUCCACGUUGACUGCUCCCCAUGCAGUUUCGUGUACAUAGUGGUUGUUUGUUAUUGUUGACCUGUUCUUUUGUACAGUAGAUAUAAGAUAUAUCUGCAGCCCAGAGUCUUGGACUGAAUCCAGAUUUUUAUUGAAGUUGGUUAGAGGUUCUUACAUGCAAGGAUUUAGUUUUAAAAGGUGGCAUCAUGUUAAGGAUCACCAACAUUGUUUUUCAGCAGUGAAAGGUUUUCACAGUGGUUUGUGGAACAAGCAGAAAUGUUUACCUAAGUGUUGCGCUUGGAAUACUUAUGUCCAUGCCUCCUCCCCCCACCCUCUCUUGUUAAAUAAAGCCGAAAUGAUUGGGCUACAAGAAACUGUAAACAGCGACACUCAUUACAACGUAUUUGUUUCUGCACCAAUUUAAUCAUUUAGAAUAAAUGGUGAAAAAAAAAAGAAAA